AUGGCGUCUGCCAUCAGUCACCUUGGCCGGGUUCUUUCUCGGUUGAAAACUGCCGAGGUUGCGAAGGCCGCAAAAUGUGUCGUCCAAACACGAUUUUUCCAUUUACAAAACGCAAGCAGAGGUACAAUGAAGUUGGAUAUGCCUUCCCUGUCCCCUACAAUGUCAGAGGGCAGCAUCAUCAAAUGGCACAAGAAAGAAGGGGAUGCAGUUGCCCCUGGCGAUGACCUUUGUGACAUCCAGACUGAUAAGGCUGUGGUAACCAUGGAUACAGAUGAGGAAGGGAUUCUUGCAAAAAUAAUAAUGCCAGAAAACUCCAAGGAUGUGAAGGUUGGAACAUUGAUUGCAUUAAUGGUAGAGGAGGGGGAUGACUGGCAGAAUGUUGAAGUCCCUGCUGAUGCUGGAGCUGCAGCCACUGGUGGUGGCAAGUCUGAAGCUGAAAUCCCAGCAGCAGAAACCCCUACAACACCAUCACAAAGUGUAGGGCCAAUUGGACCAUCUGUUCGGAAGCUGAUGGAAGAAUACAACCUGUUUGGAGUGUCUGUACCUGGUACAGGACCACAAGGGAGACUCACAAAGGGGGAUAUUCUUAACUAUAUAAAAACAAAAAGUUUGACCAAGCAAGUAUUACCAGUGGAAUUAACACCCCCAACACAGCCUGCUGUAGCCUCCACACCAGUGUUGCCUCCUACUGAAUCAUCCCUGCCUGGAUCACCUCCACCUGUCCUGGAUAUGGAAGGUGCUGAAUUCGUAGAUCUUGAACUCACCUCAAUGAGGAAAACUAUAGCCAAAAGACUAACACAGUCUAAGACAACAAUACCACAUGCCUACAUGUCUGUUGAAUGUGAUUUAGGUGCUGUCACAAAGAUGAGAAAUCAACUAAAAAGUGAAAAUGUGAAAGUUUCUGUGAAUGAUUUUAUAAUCAAGGCAUCUGCAUUAGCACUACAGAGAGUGCCAAGUGUGAACUCAGUUUGGCAAGGGGACACAGCGCAGUCCUCUUCAGCUGUAGAUGUGUCAGUAGCUGUGGCAACAGAUCAGGGACUGAUAACUCCAAUUGUAAAAAAUGCAGCUUAUUUACCAGUAGAUGAAAUAUCAAGUACAGUUAAAGAGUUAGCUGUGAAAGCUAGAGAAGGAAAAUUACAAUUGAGCGAGUUUCAAGGAGGAUCAUUUACAAUUUCCAACCUUGGAAUGUUUGGUAUCAGCGAGUUUACAGCAGUUAUCAACCCUCCCCAGACUGCCAUCAUGGCUGUUGGCACCUCCCGUCUUGUGCUCAACAAUGAAGGCAAACCUCAGACGAAUCUCACAGUUAGUCUGUCAUAUGACAGUCGUGUCAUAGAUGAGACAGAAGCAUCACAAUUCCUUGAAGUAUGGCGCGAUGUGAUGGAAAACCCUAGCUUUAUGGUCUCUGGUUCUCCACGAUCAAAGCUUGCGGCAGAUUUUGCAUAAUGAUAGCAAAGGUUAUUACAGAAGUAUCAAAGGAAUAUUUUUGUUAAGUAUGUUGGUUAUAGUUACAGCAUAUCACAUACAGUUCAGAUUAAGUGAAUGAAAUAUCAGAAACAUUGUGUACCACAUAUUUGACUGCAAACUGAAGCAGUCUACCAAAAAAUUACUGGUACUCUUAAAUGAACUAGAAAUGGCAUGAAAUCAUCUUUGCUUAUGUUCAGAAAAGAUUAAACACUGAUUAAAGAAUAAAAAAUUGAAACAGACAAUUUUUAAUACAUGUACAUAAAUAUAGGUAUUAAAAUCUUAUACUUUUGAAAAGUAAUCUAAUUUUCAGCUUAAUCUUGAAAAUAAUGACCAGAGUUCAAGAGCCUUAAUUUUCUGGAAUAAGGAAAGCAUUUCUUGAAUAUCCAUUCUAUACCAAUAGUAUGAUAUACAUGUACUGUAUCAGGAUUUGUACAUCUUGCUAGUUUUAUUGUUCCUAUGAUCUAAAUGUGCAAUUAUAUCAAUAUUCAGGUCCAUUUAACAUCAUGAUAAAAAGGCUGAAUUUAUAUGGAGACUAAAACCUAGAACCCUGUGGCUGGUGAUGCUAGAGUUAGAAAUGAUAAAUUAGGGUUAUGUAUACCUUUAUUUGAAAUAGAACUACAUUCUGUCUAAAGUACCGCUUUGGAUGAUAUCUAAAAUACUGCUGAUACUUUGGCAUAUCGACAGGAGCAGUACAGUCUUUCCUGAAUUUUGUUAAUAUCACCUUUGUGUAAAGGUAUUCAACAUGUUUUAGUGCUCUUGUUAAUUAACUUAUUAAAGAUGUAUGUAAACAACA